AUGACGACGCUAAUGAAGGAUCCCGGCGAGACGUCCGUCGCUAAGCUGCUGUCCACGCUGACAACCACCCUCCACCCGACCACCUAUGUCUUUGCCACCAUUGCAGAUGGGGCCGCGUUGCCGCCCUUGGCCGAGAUCCAGCUGCUGUUCCGCGAAUCCGAAGGCAUCACAGUCAUAACGAGCAAGGAGUACGCAACGACAAACAACAUGGAGUACUUCUUUCCGUGUAAGAUGAUCACUCUGAACGUCACGUCAAGCCUAGAGGCGGUCGGGUUCAUGGCGGUGCUCGCUACCAGGCUGGCGACAGCCAAUAUGGGGGUCAACCCAGUGAGUGGGUUCUACCACGACCAUCUCUUCGUGCCGCUCGGGAGGGAAGACGAGGCGGUGGAGAUGCUGGGGCAGGUUGCGGAGGAAAAGAGGCAAGAGGCGGCCCGCACUCAUUGA